AUGGCUGUGGAUUCUUUAGAAUUUCCUGAAAAAUCUCGACUAAUUAACAAGCUCUCAUUUGAGGCAUUUAAGUCUGGAUCUGAAAUUGAAGUGAAACGCUAUUUGUUUGGAUACCAGAGGAGAGAUGCUGAGCUGCAUAAGUUUGUUGAAAAUAUAUUCUAUCAUCCUCUGUUCAAGUCUAUUAUGAUCAGCAGCAUCACACUCAAUGCAAUAUUCUUGGCUUUAGAAACUGAUUAUAAAGUUCGUUAUGAGUCACAUUUCUUCCUGGAGGUAGCAGAUCUGAUCAUUUUAGCCAUCUAUACCACAGAAUUUCUGAUGAACCUUUACUUAGACCCAGUUAAUUACUGGAAGGAUGGUUAUAAGCGUUACGAUGCUACUGUCCUCUUCAUUGCUUACCUCCCGUACACCAUUGACCGUAGCAAUCCGAAAAUGCACCAUGUUGUAACCAUGCUGAAAGGGUUCCAGGCACUCAGGGUCCUCAAGCUGAUCUACUAUAGCCCGGGCAUGACCAAUCUGAUGGCAGCUGUGGGCCAGACUGUGAAAAAUGUGAUCUAUGUCCUUGUCUUGUUGUUCUUGCUAAUAUUUAUCUUUGCUAUUCUGGGACAUGGUUUGUAUGGAGACCGUCAACAUGGAGACCCGCAGAACUGGGGCACUUUAGCAGCUGCCUUUUUUACACUCUUCAGCUUAGUAACGGUUGAUGGCUGGACAGACUUGCAGGAAGAAUUGGAUGCUAAAACAUUUGUUACAAGUCGAACAUUCACAAUAAUAUUCAUUCUCUUAGGGUUUUUUGUAUUUUUCAAUAUGUUUAUUGGAGUUGUCAUUAUGGGUAUUCAGAAUUCAACUGAGCGAUAUGAGCAAAAGCUGAAAGAAGAAAGGCAGACUACUCUGAUUACAAAGAAGCAGGCCAUCUUAAAAAGACAACAGGAAGAAAUAUAUGAGUUGUUCAAUCUACAGAAAUCAUCUGAGUACAAAACUUUUGCUGAAAUGGCGGAAAGCUUUAAAAAAACCCUCCUUCAUUCAGAUCCUAUGCUCUUGGAAGAUUUCUGUGCCAGCCUGCCAUUCAUUGACCUCUAUUUGACAUCCCUUGAUCGUCAGGAUGCCACCAUAUACAAGCUGCAAGAUCUCUACUAUGAAAUGGUUGCCAUUCUGACCACCCUGCUAAACCAGGAAAAGUCUUUGCAGUCUCUGCAGUGCUUUAAGGGAAAAUCUAAGUAAUCCAUUAUUAUCAGAGAAAUGUAGGUCAUCUACUGCCAUUAAUUAACAUGCCAAAAUAUUUUCUUUGCAUAUGAAAAAUAAAGGAAAAGAGAAACCUAAGUUUAAGAACUAGUCGGAUU